AUGACAAAGGGAGGUCAACUUGGAUUUGCUUUGAUAUGUUUGUUUUCAUUGUGUCUAUUGUUGCAUGUUGAGCAUGUUUGGAUGUCUCGUCCUAAUUGUGCCUCAACAAUCAGCACGACCAGUGCCAAAACAAGUGAUUCAUUUAAGAAGAACACUCUCCAAAUGCAUGCAACUGAAGAAGAAGAUUUUGAAAUGAUGCAUGCAGUUACUGUCUUGGGCAGAGGGGGUGGUCGUGGUGGCAGAGGUGGCAGAGGUGGCCGUAAGGGAGGUAGAGGUGGAUCUGCAGGUCGUGGAGGUAGAGGAGGUAGAGGAGGUCGUGGAGGCAGAGGUGGAAAAGGUGGAAAAGGUGGACGUGGAGGUAAAGGUGGUAAAGGUCGUGGACGUGGUGGAAGAGCUGGAAAAUCAGGUAAAGGUGCAAAAGGUUCUAAAGGAGCCAAAUCAUCUACUGCCAAGUCAACCAAAGCCAGCAAAGCCCAAGGAAGAAGAUCUAAAACAUCCGUUUCAGCUUCUCGUUUGGGAACAGCAACUGGAUUCACCUCCAUCUCCUCUAUCAGUCAAGUUAAAGAGCAAAAGGAGACCAGUAGAACUGGAACUAAAUCAGAAUCAGGAGGUUUACGUUUCUCUAAUGCUGCAUUGUUGACAGCAUUGAAUUCUCCUGCACUAUUUAAUGGUAUUCUUGGACCUACUUCAUUGGAUUUACCACAAGUUCAAUUCACAUCAUAUUCUAAUACAACAUGUGUUGCAUGUCAAGUUGAAUGUAAAAAGAAGUGGAAUGGUUUGGGACAUAGAUCUCUCUUUACAACAUGCAAACAUGAAUUUUUCUAUUAUGGAUGUGAGAAGGCAACACCAUGUUUGAGAACUAAUAGUGCAACCACAAAAGAAACAGAAUCGAUGAUUGCCAUCUGUCUACACAGAAAUGAAUGCACAUUGGAACCAAGUAUUACUUUGGAAUAUUCUCAAAGAUACAAGAAUAGUGCUCUUUCAAAGAUGAUUGCAGAUAUUGCAACUUCCAAUCAAGAUCCAAGAAAUUAA